UACCCUCCAAAGCGUCGACCCCCUAUCUCCAUCUCCCAGCUCGACAUGGACACCUUAGCUGGCCAAUUCAACAGGGAAUCCUGACCCCCAACUGGACUGGGUACAACACUAGGCUUCACUCAGGCAUGCUGAUGCUUACAAGGCUCACAGUUUGGUGACGCGUGGAACCUAUCUGCUGUAUCGAAUGACUUUUACGGUCCCACCCAUUGUGGAGAGCCAGAAUGCUUAUUGAGCUUUUGGAUGAGUCCUUGAUGGAGUUUCUGGGCUGGCAUUACUAUGCUACGGCUCUCGACCAAAACACCGUUCGAAGCAUCAUCCCGAUGUCCUCUCCUACACUGUAUGACCUUGAAACCUCUGUGGCGCAAGUAGCAAGUACUGCCGCAUGGGCUGUUCUCACUGUGACUGGUUACUACAAGAUCGAGACCGGAAUGGCCUCCUAUUUUGUUUCUAUGUACCCACCUUUUCUAAACAUAAAUGUCAUACCGGCCUCUGUGGGUUUAGUUGCUUCCAUCAUCCUACUGGUAUUGUUUUUCCUCCUGACCUACGACUCGGGAGUUGGAAGGCAGCCCAUUGUCGAAUCCUGUGGGAUCCUGCGAGCUAUAUGGCUUUCUGAUAAGCAUCGUGACGUACGAGAUAUAGUGGCUGGAGUAAAAGACCCAUCUUCUUUGAAUCUUAGGAAGGCUGGGUUAAUCGAGGUCACCUUUGGUGAUACAGGGUCCGAGAACCCCUAGGAAAGAGACACUUGCUACGAAGUAGUCUUAAUUAUUGUUCUUUGGUUCUAGCUUAAGUGUUGCAGGUUUGCUUUUCUUCGUGCUUUUUCUACGGACGGACGGGCUGAUCAGUUGAGUCGAAGCGCGAUACUAGUAGAGACGGUAUAGGAAAGUAGACACAUUCGAUUAGAACCGGGGUCUAGA